AGUUCAGUCCCUCACCUUUUAAAUUAAACAAUUUAGUCCUUAUUCUCUCUAAUUCUCACACAACAGGUCCCAAAAUGACCAUUAUACCCCUCACUUUCUUUUUUUAUAUUUUUUAUUUAUUUUUCUCUCUUUUUUAUUUUUAUUUUUCCUGCUUCUCUCUCUCUCUCUCUCCAAACCCCCGAACCCAAUCACACUGAACACUCUCCUCUCUCAAUUUGAUGCUCUCUUCUUCUUCUUCUUCAAUCUCAUCACCCCCUUUCAAACCCUAACCCUAAAAUCUUCUCCUCCCCCAGCAAUGGCCUCCUCCCCCGACCACAACCACAACCACAACCACACCUUGAACGGCGAUUCCAACACCCACGCCUCCAAAAAGCCCAAACUCUCCUUCAUCACCCCCUCCGAAAUCGCCGCCGAAUUCUCCCACCACGACCCCACCGUCGCCCGAAUCAACAACGGCAGCUUCGGGUCCUGCCCCGACUCCGUCCUCCAGGCCCAGCGCCGCUGGCAGCUCAAGUACCUCUCCCAGCCCGAUCACUUCUACUUCAACCACCUCCAAACAGGCAUCCUCCACUCCCGCACCCUCAUCAAGGACCUCAUCAACGCCGACCACGUCGACGAGGUCUCCAUCGUCGACAACGCCACCACCGCCGCCGCCAUCGUCCUCCAGCAGGCCGCCUGGGGCUUCUCCGAGAGCAAAUUCGAGCAGGGCGACGCCGUCGUCAUGCUCCAUUACGCCUACGGCGCCGUCAAGAAGUUGAUUGAGGCCUACGUCACUGGCGCCGGCGGGCACGUCAUUGAGGUACCCUUGCCGUUUCCUUUGAAUUCCAACGAUGAGAUUGUAACCGAGUUUAAGAAAGCUUUGGAGAAGGGGAAGGCUAAUGAUAGGAGGGUUAGCUAUGGGAAUGGAUUGGCUAUUGAAAGUGCUUGGAUUGGGACUAGGGAUUACAGCCCUCAGUUGGUUGUUCCGGCGGUUUUGGACUUUGUCAAUAGGUUUGAAGGCGGAAUUGAGGGGAUCAGGAAGAGAAAUCAUGAGACUGUUGUUGAGAUGGGGCAGAUGUUGGCGGAGCGAUGAUCAGAGUGGAGGUCGGAGAGGUUGAUGGUGGGGAUUGAUUCGGCAUCGGGUUGGGUCGUGGGUUGGAAUUGGUGUGAUAUUAUGGGUGGGUGGAUAAAGAUCGGGGGAUGGAGGAGAGACUUGAGUCGACGAGGCCUUUGACUCCGAGCUUGGAGUCG